AUGUUCCACGAUAUACUCAUGGCCCUCGCCGGCCAUACAGGCGAUAUAAUUAUUGAGAAGACCCAGGGGAGUGAGGGAUUUGUAGUAUCAGAUAAGUACAAAGAUAUAUCACAGUCUGAACGCGACCUCAUCAAUUCUGUAGUAGCGAUUGGAUUCAAAUAUAGGUAUUUAGACUUCUUUGUCAAAGCCACAAGGGAUUCGGAAUAUCAAUAUAUUGCAUCGAGCCUUCUCGGAAAGAUUCCAGACCAUAGGAUUAAAGGAAAAAUUGACCUAUCACCCAAUCUAAAAAGAGAAAAGAAUCAGGAACAACAAUUACUUGACAACAAAAAGGACUACCGAGGACAUUAUCUCAAUGUCAUGUGUACAGGAAUCGAAGAAUUUCUCCAGGAAUACAGAGCUAGCUUAGUCACGAUCGAGAAAGUGGUACUCGCAGACCCAGCACUGCCGUUAAGCACUAUAUCAUUACUCUUGAGCGAGCAAAAGGCAGUGAUAGAAGCGCUUAUUAAGGUGGUAAGGGAAUAUGAAGAAACAGCAGAACGAAAUCGAGUUAAUGGGAAAUAUGUGGCAUUGAAAGCUGAUGAGAUAUUGUUCAUGCUCCAACAGGACACUGGAAAUAAAGCACACAACAAGGUUAUGGACAAACUUAGGGGAAAAUGCUUAGAAUGCUUAAAAACACAAGUAAGAAAAUGGAUGUGCCAUGGACAAUUGUCGGACACACAUAACGAAUUCGUUAUAUGCCGAAGACGUAUUGACCCGGACAAGGAGAAUGUAGAAACGAAGUGCGAUAUCAAAGCCAUAUGCUCUUUCGAAAACCUCAGACAUGAACUUCCGCCAGAAGCUGCGGAGUUCGAAUGGAACUUCCUUUUCUAUGUGGUCAUAAAGGAACAACGUUGGAUACUAGCAUCUCUCAAAACUUGGAAGAAUAUCCUUUUUAUUGGAAAAGUAGCACGAAUGCUUAUCAGGAGGUACCGUAAUGAAAAGGAACUUGAGGCUCAGGCGGCAGAUAUAUUCGAUAACUGGGAUGACACAUGUGCAUCUGCCCUCAUAUUUGAAAAUGCCAUUGAACGUUACGCUGGAUGGAUUGCUCACGAAUUCUGGGUAUAUAUCAAUGACAAUUUCGAUGUUAAAGGUCACAUCUACCUAUUCAAACAAUUGUACCUCAUGGGAUUCCAUGAUAUUUUCACGGAAUUGAUGGAACGCGCCUGGUUUACGAUGCAAACACCUUGCAACAUAUCCUCAAGCACAAAUCUUACCCUGAAUACAUGGAAUGCCAUAAUGCACAAAUACAAUGUGCAUGUUAAUAAUGUAGUGAAACAGCGUAUGGAGAAUCCAGAAAUAUGGGUGUCGGAUACUGAACCACGAAACCGUGAAAAUAGACGUGAACUUAAUAAUUUUAGGUUCACGUCUCCAAACAAGAGUCAAAAUGGACAGAAUGUGUUUCAAUUGAGACAACGCACAUUCAACUUCAACAUUAAUAAAAGAAGGUUUGUAUUAACUGGUGACUCAUCGUGGGUUGAGGACGAAAUUGUUCUGAAUGUUAGUGAAAAACGGCUGAAGGAACGUAUUUCCAAAUCAGCUGAUGACUCAUCAGUUUGGUUCGAAGAUUUGGUCCAUGCAGUUCACGGAUUCGAAAUGACAUUCAAGGCAGAAUUGAGCCAACUCGAGGAAGCACAUGCGCAAAACGAAGAAAAAAUGCAAGGAUUAACUCCAGGAAGAUUCUGUAGAUUCGCUGUAGUUUUACAAUCGAAAACCGAACCUUUGAGACUCAGAGCGGCGGCAUUGGUACAAGGCAUGGAAGAACUGUUGAAUGAUUCUCUGACCGUGGAGUUCGACAUAGAUUACGAUAACUGCGAGGAUCUACCAAAAGCAUUUAUAAUCAGAGGACGUAUGAUUCUACAGGGGCAUUGUGUAUCGGCCUUCUCCCGUUUACGCAAAGCGGAACAACUGCAGGGUGGACUAAUCUGUAUAAACAAAGGAGAUAGGCUAAUCAAACUGUCAGAUGGAAGUCGGGAAGACUUUAUUUUCACUGUAAAUAUGAAAGUAACACGAACUCGUCUUUUUGUGCAGUUGGAGCAUGACAAGUCGGGGCAAAGGCUUAUAAUGGAGACCGAUGUUCUAGAUACAAUCCAUCUGUUGCCACAUGACUUUGGAGAUAUCUAUCUAGGCAUUACGUCAACAGCUAUAGGACUCAUGGAACCCAAAGCAAAACUGAAUAUAAUGAAGCGAAACUGUGCUUUACGCAUGUCACAAUGGGACUUUGAAGCUUCAAGAUCCAAAUAUGACAUUUCACCCAUGGGAGAUGCGGAUGCUGCACCUACGGUCGAAAGCUUCCUGGAGGAAUUGCCAACGUUGAAAGUAGCGGAAUUCGAAUGUGGAAUUAACGAUUGGUUAUACACCACAAUGGCAUACCGUUGCACUUGGCCAGCGUCGAUCUUAUUCGACCUACCAAGUAUGCUUUGUUACAAUAGUUUAUUCCAAUUGAUUCUACUGUUACGGCGUUGUGUGUUCGGAUUAGAGAACUUGUGUCACAUCAAUGUUCUCAUGAGGCGGUUCGAGAGAGGAGGGCAGGCGACUGGUAUGCCAGCCAUAUGUCGGCGUGCAUCGUGUACGCGUUGGAGGAUGUGUGUAUUUAUGACGGCACUGUUGUCCUAUAUACAACAGUGUGUUAUAGAACCUUGUUACAAGCAGUUCUGUGAAGUGGUGGAGCAAUGCGAAGGAUUUAACGACAUCAAGGAGGCGCACGAUCACUAUCUCAAGGAGCUUGCAACAAACUGUUUCCUAAACGAAAACGCACUGCUGCAGCCAAUUUUAAGAUGCGCAGAUGUUACAUUGAAAUACGCUACGCUCUACUAUUGUGCUUUCAGCGGGACGAACGAAGUUGCAUACGGAAUGGUCAUAACCAGGAUAGAAGAGUUCAUCAAGAGCUUCGACGCCUGCAUGACCACUGUUAACGAGAGGCUAUUGUUGUUGUCCAAUGAUUCUAGGUACAAGAACGUGAACACUUUGAUAGAGAUGUAUAACUUCUCAAAAUACAUUUGA